AAAUGAGUUUGAAUUAGGCUGAACGAUAUAUACAUUCCACCUUACAACACUAUUGGCCAAUUCUUGCCGAUUCUUGAUCAAAUACUCCCAGAAGACGGAAAGUAAUUCGGAUAUAUACUGCAGAGCUCAGGAUAAUUUAAGUUUUACCGAUGGUUUAGCCUGACUCGUAUCAAAUUUUAGUAUAUUAUUUCGCGUGUGUGACUGCGAUCAAUCGUAAUUUAAUGGGUCAGACACUUUCGGAACCGGUCACCACAAAAAUAUCGGCCACCUACGAAAAUUCGCGGUUACGAUGUGGAUGCUCUUCCAUGCAAGGAUGGAGAAUAACAAUGGAGGAUGCCCACACGGUGGAGCUGAGACUGGGCGGUGACGAGAACGUGAACUUCUUUGCGGUGUUUGAUGGCCACGGGGGCAGACGUAUAUCAGACUAUGCCAGCAGGAACCUACACCUCAGACUCAUCAACAACCACAAAUACCAAAAAGGUGCCAUUGAAGAUAGUCUUCGACAGUCGUUUAUGCAGCUAGACGACGAAAUGCAUAACUCAGAAGACCUCAUGCACGAUCUAGCUGGAACAACCGCCAUCGCCAUCCUUAUUAAGUCUGGUAAAAUGUACUGUGCAAAUGUGGGCGAUUCCAGGGCAGUUAUAUCCUAUGCGGGUCACGCAGUGCCUAUAUCCAGAGACCAUAAACCAAAUGAUGCGGAUGAGCAAAGGCGUAUUUUAGCUGGAGGUGGGUGGGUUGAGUUCAACAGAGUGAACGGAAACCUGGCCUUAUCACGAGCAUUCGGGGACUUCAACUAUAAGAGGAACAAAUCACGCAGACCAGAAGACCAGAUUGUAACUGCCUACCCUGAAUUAUCAGUGACUGCAUUGGCACCAGAAAUUGAGUUCCUAGUGAUUGCCUGUGAUGGUAUCUGGGAUGUGCUUACCAACUCAGAGGUAAUCGACUUCUGUCGCAGGAGAAUCGCCAAACAGAUGGAACCGGCUCAGAUAUGCGAAGAGUUAAUGGACCAGUGUCUUGCCCCAGACCGGUUCAUGGGCGGCCUCGGCUGUGACAACAUGACAGUGCAACUGGUGUGCUUCCUAAAUGAUGAACCAUACACCACUCUUGCCUCCCGCUGCGCCGCCCUGCCCUCCAAAACGACGCCCCUGACCCCUACAUUCUUCUAAUUGGACCAUUCGUAUAAAUGAACCAUUUGUCUAAUUGAAAGAAUUCACAACACUGUCUAGUAGAUAGUUGAGUCGAAUGAACUGCCUCCUGAUUUGCUACUUGGGCUCUUCAGUAGUGUCCCCUCUCAUCAAAAAAAAAUCAGACGCAAAAUUAGAUUUAAAAUAAAAUCAGAGAUGCUCUAAAAGAAUUAAAAUAGAAAGAUAGAAAUAAAAAGAUCAAUGUGGCAAUUUGCGAAAUUUACUUACUUUUCAGUAAAGUUUUAUGACAGUAUUUUGUCGGCAUGGAAAGGGAAACUUGAAAAGCUGCCAUUUGUUAUACUAUUCAGUUAUCAUUGUAUAAUUUUGCAAAUUGAAGAACAUGCAUUACUCAUCUCGAAUCUGUUUUAUAGAUGCUUUGAUAGAUCCUACUCGUUGCCGUACGAAGCUUUGGAGAUAUUUUUGAAGUGAGUUUUGGCGUCUUUGAGUUGUGCUAUUUGAUUUGGGAGGUUCAGAUUUUAGAUAUAUUUAUUCUCAUCGUUCAAAAUCAUUCCAUGAUAGAUUUAGAUAUCUUUUGAUGCUUUUUUGAAACCAUGACAAUCGUGCCGAACAUCAACAUAACGAAAAUUCUUGAAUUUAGCUGAAAAUGUAAAAAUCGAUUAUUCAUGGUUCAAAGAAUAUUGCAUCUUCAACUCUUGUUUAUCCUGAGCUCUUGUUCUUUUUCUGAGGGGCGUCAUCAAGUAAAUAGCAAUGUUAGCUGAAACCUAGGUAACAACGAGCGAUUAUUUACGCUAGCUGAUCAUAUCUAGGAUUUGGAUUACAAAAGGUUAAUUUUACUCUUUAAAAAGUUUUAAGUCCCACAGUUUCUCUGAAAUACUGUAUCUCUGUGCCUCUAUAAUCUUCUUAUCUCUUUUUACGUCACCAUACUCUCUUGAGGCUUCG